GUAAAUAACAUAUUCAUAAUUAAUUAUGGUUGUGUUUAUUUAAAAUAUUUAUGAUAUAUUAAUCUAAAUUGUUUAAAUGUAAAUAACAUACUCAUGAUUAAUAAAGAGUAACACAUUGCAACAGUAGUAUUGAAUUUGAUACAUUACAACGUAUAUAACUCUUAUAAGGAAGGUAUAUUGAUAUGAUCGAAACAUUUACAGAUAUAUUUCUUAUAUAAGAUUAAUUAUUUAAUUAUUUUUUGUUAGUUUUACUAAAUGAUAAAAAUUUAUAAAUUUUACAUUUUCUAAAAAAAUAUUUUUAUAAAAUGAUUAUUUUAUUUUUUCAAAAAUGUACACUUGGCGUUUUUGUGAGCAAAAUUAGUUGAAGUAACAUCUAAAUCAGCAAAAUUAGAUGAUGUGUAAGCUGAUGGGACGACUAAGGUAUGAUUUGACCAAAAAAUAAAUAUUAGGUAUAUUAUUUGAAAUUUUUGAAAAUUUAGAUAUUAACACAACUAUAUAAAUCGGGUAUAAAUCGAAUAUUUCGUGAUAUGUUGGGCAUCAAAAAACGGUUUUCUCUGAAACAAAGCUUGACGUGGUAUGCAAUGAUUCAAAAACUCCUAGAGUCAACAUUCAAAAUAUGCACUCAUUAUUUAAAUUUGUUUCCUUAUUUUAAGGCAUAAACCCCAUCCGCAUAUAUAUAUAAAUAGACACACAUAGGCCAUCAACCUUUAUCAUUUGAACCAUUCGUGAGCUAAGUAUAUAGAAUCAAACCCACCCACCCACCACCGCCAAAAAAACGAAAGAAAACACACACACACAAAUGGAUUACAUUCUGUUUUUAUUGCCAUUCGUAUUGCUUAUACCAGCUUACAAAUUCUUAAUCUCAUCCAAAACGCAGCGUUUCAAUCUCCCACCAGGACCAACUCCGUUUCCCAUCGUCGGCAACCUCCACCUCGUGAAACCGCCUGUACACCGUCUCUUCCGCCGCUUCACAGAAAAAUACGGUGACAUCUUCUCCCUCCGCUACGGCUCUCGCCAAGUCGUCGUGAUCUCUUCUUUGCCCCUUGUCAAAGAAUGCUUCACUGGUGACAAUGACGUCAUUCUAACAAACAGGCCGCACUUUCUGACGGCCAAGUACGUCGCCUACGACUACACCACGAUCGGAACCGCACCUUACGGCGACCAUUGGCGUAAUCUCCGCCGUAUAUGCUCUCUUGAGAUUCUUUCUUCUAACCGCCUCACAGGGUUCCUCUCCGUUCGUAGUGACGAGAUACGACGGCUGCUCACGAAACUCUCACGUGACUAUAAUGGCCGUAUCGUUGAGCUUGAGCCUCUUCUUGCAGAUUUGACGUUCAAUAAUAUUGUCCGUAUGGUCACAGGGCGACGCUACUACGGAGACCAGGUUCACAACAAGGAGGAAGCGAAUCUAUUCAAGAAACUAGUGACGCAGAUCAACGAUAAUAGUGGUGCAAGCCAUCCAGGAGAUUAUCUACCGAUUCUUAAAGUGUUCGGACACAGCUACGAGAAGAAAGUGAAAGCACUCGGCGAAGCCAUGGACACUUUCUUACAGCGUCUGCUCGACGAUUGCCGAAGAGAUGGAGAGAGCAACACAAUGCUUAGUCAUUUGCUGUCUUUACAACAUGAACAACCUAAGUAUUACAGUGACGUCAUCAUCAAAGGCCUCAUGCUUAGUAUGAUGCUUGCGGGAACGGAUACUGCAGCCGUGACGCUAGAAUGGGCAAUGGCUAAUUUGUUGAAAAACCCUGAAAUGUUGAAAAAGGCAAAAGCCGAGAUAGAUGAUAAAAUUGGACAAGAACGUUUGGUCGACGAGCCAGACAUUGUGAAUCUCCCUUAUCUCCAAAACAUAGUUCUCGAGACCUUUCGGUUGUGUCCGGCCGCACCACUUCUUGUACCGCGUUCUCCUUCUGAAGAUAUCAAGAUUGGAGGAUACAACGUGCCGCGUGGCACAAUCGUACUAGUGAACUCUUGGGCCAUCCACAGAGACCCGAAGCUAUGGGAUGAACCUGAGAGGUUCAUACCAGAGCGGUUUGAAGACAAAGCAGCUGCGAACGCUAAUAAGCUUAUGAUGUUUGGGAACGGACGAAGGACGUGUCCUGGUGCAGCUUUGGGUCAGAGGAUGGUGUCCCUGGCUUUAGGGUCGUUGAUUCAAUGCUUUGACUGGGAGAAAGUCAACGAUGAGGAAAUUGAUAUGACCGAGAAUCCGGGAAUGGCUAUGCGUAAGCUCGUGCCGUUACUAGCUGUUUGCCAUCAGCGUUCAAUUAUGACUAAUGGCUUGGCUUAAGAUGACACUUUGUAUAUUAAAUCUACUUGGUUCACUAUUUGAAGAGUGACGCGGUCCAAGAGUCUUUUUGGAUUUAUUUUAUAGAUUUUAAUUGUUUUUAAAUAUUGUAUGAUUGUUUUAGUGAUGAAAUAAUUAUAAGAAAACGUAAGAUUCGAUGAAGAAUGUCGCAAUAUUGCAAAACCAGAAUCAAAUCACAAUAACACUAGUUUGUUGUUA